ACUGCAGUACAAACGAUAUGGCCGAACUUAUCCGGAAAUCAACGAAGUGAUUCCAAUCACAAAUAAUGCUUAUCACCUUAUCAGUAUCAAAUCACGUGUGUUUUGCCUGUUUUGGUCUUUCAAGAUUCAAAAAAUUUUAAAUUUUGCAGAGCGGCGUAUUCGUAAUUCUGUCUUGUGCAUGUAAUUUUUAAAAAGUGUAAAAGCAUCAUCUAUUGUUAAAAAAUCUCUUUUUCAGUGAGGUAAAAUUACUUCAAUUUACGACUUGUGAUAUAAACUGUAGAUUGAUGAGCUGACGAAAUCAUGAACGUGAAACCAAAUACAUCGCAAAUCGGCGAUGGCUGGGACGAUUAUAUGAGCGCGAAGAAAUCCAAACUUCAUGAGCAGUUUUCAAAUGAAGCCAGUAAUGUUCCCCAAACGUCUGACAUAUUUUCCGGCGUAUCAGUUUUCGUAAAUGGUUAUACAAUUCCUCCAGCUGAUGAACUUCGAAGAAUACUCAUGAGCCAUGGCGGCGAUUACCAUCAUUACUACGAAAAUGGCAAUACAACGUAUAUGAUCGCUACAGUUCUACCUGCCGCAAAAAUAAACGCGUUCAAAAAUUCCAAGAUGAAAAUAAUCAAACCAGAAUGGAUAACCGAUUGUUUAAACGCUAAGAAGUUAUUGGAUCAUAAGCCAUAUUUACUCUUAACGAACACAGAGAACAGUUUUUUCUCAAAGCGUGCCUCUUCUUCUAGCGAAAAUUCCGACAUUUCUAUUUCUGCCUCGCAUUCUACCUCCUCAGAUAUCAAACUUGAUACUAGUUUCGGUGAUUCUAACGAUUCGUCACGAAAUAUAAUCUCUCCGGUUAAAAAGAAUAAUUCACCGGUGUCAAAACCUGUUCAAAACUCUCCGAAAAGAAAAACCGCUCGAGAUGAAAAUUUCAUCGAAGAAUUCUACAGUAAUUCUCGACUACAUCAUUUAUCUACGAUGAGCGUCAAAUUGAAAACAUUUAUAAGCGAUUUACGAUCUAAAAAUUCGAACGAAUUCAGUGGCAAGACUCGCUUGAAGAAGUGGAAAUUAGCUCACGAGAGUGAACUUCAAAAUCAUAAUUUCGUUUUGAAAGAUGAAAAAUGUAUUAUGCACAUUGAUAUGGAUUGUUUUUUCGUUUCUGUUGGGAUCCGCAAUCGACCUGAUUUAAAAGGACUUCCCGUUGCCGUUGCUCAUAGUAGAAGAAGAUUUUCAGCUAAAGAUUCCGCUUCGAAUGAGCAAGGCAGUCUAGACGAUCCUACUGCGAGAAGUGAUUUUCGUUAUGAAAAUUUUGAUGCGUUUGAUUCCAUGUCCGAAAUUGCAUCGUGUAGUUACAAAGCUCGAGAAUUUGGAAUAAAAAAUAGCAUGUUGGUUGGGCAAGCUUUAAAAUUAUGUCCUCAACUAACCAUCAUACCGUAUGAUUUUAGCGCAUAUGAAGAAGUCACCUACGCUUUUUAUAAACAUAUCGCGAGCUAUACCUUGGAUGUUGAGGCUGUUAGUUGCGAUGAAGUGUUCGUUGAUUGUACUGAAGUGUUGAAAUAUGCUAAUAUUGAUUCUUCGUCUUUUGCAACUAUUUUAAGAAAAGAGAUCAAUGAAAUUACUGGAUGUACGUGCUCGGUUGGUUUUGGACCUAAUCGAUUGAUAUCUCGUUUAGCGACAAAAAUAGCGAAACCAAACGGCCAGCUUUGUAUUUCUAAUCGAGAAGUCAGUAAUUUUAUCAAAAAUAUUCCAGUUUCAUAUUUACCAGGUGUUGGUGGUUCAAUGAAUAGUAAACUGACUGCCAUGGGAGUGAAAACUUGCGAAGACGUACAAAAAUUACCAGCGUCCAAACUACAGCAAGAAUUUGGUAAAAAAUUAGGACUUGAUGUACAUAGGCGCUGUUUUGGUGAAGAUGACAGACCGUUGAAUUUCAACUAUCAAAGAAAGUCUCUUUCUGCGGACGUUAAUUAUGGGAUCAGAUUUCAAACGAAAGAUGAAGCUGAAACGUUUCUAAAAAAAUUAUCUUUAGAAGUUGAAAAUCGACUAACUGAUGAAAAAUUAAAAGGCUCUUCUAUCACGCUGAAGUUUAUGGUUAAAUCAAAAGACGCUCCUUAUGAAUCAGCAAAAUUUUUAGGACAUGGAAUUUGUGACGCAAUUACAAAGACUAUAUCUCUUAAUCAGCCUACUUCAGAUGCAAAUGUUAUUUGUCGAAUUGCUAUAAAAAUAAUGCAGGAUUUCAAAAUUUCCCCGGAUCAUAUAAGAGGAAUAGGAAUACAAGUUUCUCGUCUUGAGAAAGAAAAAAAUUCCAAUUCUUCCGUUUUAAUGGAUAAAUUUAUCGUCAAGAAAAGUGUACCGAAAAAAGAAGUUCCUUCAUGCGAUGAAGCUUCUACUGUAAAAAAUGAAAAUAACGUGGAAUGUGUUGACAAUAGUUCAAAAUUCAACAGCAAUGUACCAAUGGACAAUAAGAUGAAAUUAAAACCGUCCAUCAGUCCAGAUGUUACACUCGAAUUCAAACAUACUGCAACUGCGGACAGUAUAUCUUUCGGUUCAUAUAUUACCGCUGAUAAAACAUUCAACGAUUUAGCACCAGUUUCUGAAAUAACUCGUGCCGUUGAACUUUGGAUUACAAGUGAGAAUGAUCCUCAGCUCAGUGAUGUGGAGAUGUUAUUUUCUUUCAUAAAAUCUUUAGCAUCAAAGAAUGGCAUCGAAUCUUUGAAUUUCAUCGCUGAUAAAUUGAAUAGAUUCCUUGAAACCAACGAAAAUGUAAAGUGGAAAAUGAUUCGAUUUGCUUUUAUGGAAUUGGUUGAUAGUAUUUAUCAAAUUACUUGAAUGAUCGAGGUUAGAAUUUUCUUCAUCAAUGGUUACAUUAUCAAUUGAACUGUCGAAAUAAUAUGUACCUGCGGUUUGAAAUAUUUCUUAUUGUUUACCAAACUUGUACCUGAAUUCUGAAGAAACGAAGAAGUUUAUUUUUUUAGUUUAUUUUUUUGCACAUUUGUACUACGAUAGAAAGUCAUUUAUAGCAAUAAAUGAUUAUUAACGUUA